AUGCAAGUUGAUCUCAAUCGCACUACUCGCAAAAGGCCUCACUCCACCCGAUGUACCAUUCCCGAUCGUCUCUCGUACCUCUGUAGACGUAAAAGUAACGAAAGCUUCGCAUGCGUUGGUAGCUUUAGCCCCGAUCUAGUUUCUCACAGUAGAUUUCAGUCCCUUUCUUAUGAUGAUCUGUUACAAAAGAGUCAGACGCAGAAGUAUCAUUAUCAAAAACAUCUUGAUAUCUUAGCUCAAAAAGCUCAAUCACCUCAAUCCACACCGCACCGAUGCAGUUUUCUUUUUUACCUUCGAGCCGACAAAGGAGAUCAAGCAGAUUUGUCAAUGCAGACCGUGGACAUGGUGUAUAAUGUCAGGUGGCUUAGAUUGAUCAGUGAAGUUGAAAAAGCCGUCAAUACACGUCCAUUCAGGCCAAUCAGGGCUCCUCCUAAGCCUGACAGAACAGCAGCCCUUGAGCAUGAGAAGAGAAGCGCGCCUUUAGAUUCGCAUAUCCCCUUCCCAAUCCCACCUACCCAAUCUUUUCCAAUCAAAAAUCGGACCAGCACAGAGACACGAGAAAUCAAAGCCACUGGAAUUCCGAAACGCGAUGAAGUUGAAGAUGAUCAUUGUGAACUAUCCCGUCGUCUUCAACAGACAUAUUAUGAUUCGAAAUACGGUGGAACAGACUUAUUUGAGUCUGGAUUCGAUUUCCGACAGAGUCAAGAACUUCAAAUGGAAAGAUGGGAUCAUUUGGUGCAAUUGGAGCGACGCGCUCGAGAAGCAUCAGAAGAGGGCCUUCGCAAGGCUAGUCUCGGCUCGACAACCUCCCUGUCUAGUAAUGUUCCAUCAUUCCCUCCGCGGAAACUGUCGUCGGGUAUCCUGAACCGUAUGCGAAGGCCUUCAACAGCUACCAAAGAAUCCAAAUCGAGCUUGUCAAUCAGUAAUCCAAUAGCCAUUUCACCAUUAGAGAGCUCCUUCCUCCUUGGAAAAAAUCUUGCUCAAGACUUUGAAUUCUGUAGGCCAGAUCUAUACCAAAUUCAAUCUUUCUCGAAGCCUGAUCUUUCUUCGCAUCCGGCUCUCAAGAUGCCCGAUUUGACUUUGGGACGCGUAGAGCAGUAUGACAGAGCCCCGUCCGCUGAUGCACAUCGCGUUGGGAGUGAAGUCCCAAAGCGACACGAGUUUUCACCUAUUUCACCUUUGUCAAGGCGUGAUUUACCUCGGCCUAGAGGACCUCGACCUCCUCGAUUGUCCAUUCAUAGCUCCAAUUCCUCGCUUGCUGAUGUUGCGCUGACACCUCAACCUAGUAUGCCACAACAUGAAUCCACCGAUAAAACAACUACAUCAGAUCUUACGACUCAGCAUAUGGUAUAUCCUGAUGUUCCCCCCCUUCGAAUCAUCAAGCGAUCUUUGAGACUUCGGAAUGAGACCCCUGCUCCCGAGCAUUGCAAGCUCAUACCUGAAGAGCCAGUCGUAUGUCAGCCAAAAUCCCUUGGGCAAGAAUUCUACCCACGUUGUAAUCACGAUUGGGACACCAAGAUGAAGGUGGAGCCCAUAUCAUUCACCAGUAGUCUGGAUGAGCUGAUUUUAAAGGAUGUGAAUAAUUCACAGCUCAGGUCUGGUACCACGAGCUCCCGAAUUUCUGGCGCUUUGCCCACAGAGUAUAGCGUGGAUCUUGGUUCCAAACUCAGAUUCGAAGACGCCAAACGUAACCUCCUUGAGCUUCCUGUAUCAAACUCUAGAAGCCAACUUGGGUCUUCAUCUAAUCAUUUGGGUGAUGAAAAUCUUGCUUAUAUUGCAAAAGGAACGUCAAAGUCAAUAAGAGAUAACACUCUUGACUGUAAUCAAAGCUCUACCACGCAAGAGACCCCUUUAUCCAACGCGUAUGGUUCAAGACACAAAAUUGAAGCUUCAAGACAUUCCUUUCCAGAUCAACCUAAACCUAACGGAAAUAUAGAAAACAAGAGUUCUCGUAUUGGCCAGAUCUCAACGCGCUACACUGUCCCACUAGAUACCAAAAAAGAGGAAAUGAAAGUCUUGAAUCAAGUUUCACCUAAGAUGAUUCUACCAAGUCAAUACCUUCGAUCAAGAAAAGAUUUGAAUCAAGAAAGAACCUUAUACCAACGAACUCCAUUCCACCAACCUAUUUCUAAACCAGACCAGUCUUUAGAAAAAUCAUCAGAAAGUUUAAUCUUUGAAUUACCUAUCAAACCUCAAAGAGAUUUAAAUACUCAAAUCAAUGAUCAAAAAGUCAAACAAGCUUGGGAGAGUGUUUCUCAUUAUAAAAAAUGGACUGGAAUGAAUAGACCUAACAUUCAAGGAGUGGUAAGAAUCCAAGGUGGUAGAUUGAAACAAUAA